ACGUGACGCCAGCAUGGCGGAUCCGGAUACUUGUUUUUUCUGACACGGCCUAUGUUACCGUCAAUAGUCAAUGACUGUGUUCAAUGACUUGAUUCGCUAGUAAACUCUUGUGCAUAGAACUUUGGAAGUUAAUUCAUUGCGGUGCCUCACCGCACACCGUAAGGAUAAACAUGUUCCUUACAAGGGCUUUGGAAAAAAUAUUGUCAGAUAAGGAAAUCAAGAAAGCACAUCACUCGCAACUGAAGAAAGCCUGUGAAGUUGCACUCGAUGAGCUGAAAAAUGAACAGAAAACAAGUUCAAAUAACCCUGCAGAGUCUUCUUCGGCUUUGCCCAUCCCAAAACAAGCUGGUUUUGUUGAGGCAGAUAAAUACUUCCUGCCCUUUGAGCUUGCGUGCCAGUCGAAAUGUCCGCGCAUCGUUAACAUUGCUUUAGACUGUUUACAGAAACUGAUAGCUUAUGGCCACCUUACGGGCAACACACCUGAUUCAACGACCCCGGGGAAGCGUCUGAUUGAUCGUAUAGUGGAGACGAUAUGUGGCUGUUUUAAUGGGCCACAAACUGACGAAGGGGUUCAGCUGCAAGUUAUCAAGGCUUUGCUGACUGUGGUCACCUCAACGACAUGCGAGAUUCACGAAGGCACCGUGCUUCAGACAGUGCGGACUUGCUACAAUAUCUACCUGGCCAGUCGCAACCUUGUGAACCGCACCACUGCCAACGCUACCCUUACGCAGAUGCUCAAUGUCAUCUUCAGUCGCAUGGAGGCGCAAGCAGCUCAGGAGGAGAAACAAAGGGACAGAAGUGGGAGCAAGAUGUCGGCCAAGGCGGAAGGGGAGCAGAACGGACAAGAGAAGAAAGCGGUGGAUGAAGGGGUUUCUGUGCAGAACGAGGAAGGAGACGGAGAUGAGGUGACCCUGACAGGUGAUGAAGAAGGGGCUGGCAUUGAUGACCCAUCCAGAGCUGGGGACAAAAGUAGCCCCGACUCGGGAAACGGGUCAGCCGAAAGAGAGAGUUCGGCGGAGUCUGAGGGCAAGGGCACAGCUCCGGAGACCUCUGAGGCCAUUGUUUCCAGCAUCCUCUACGAUAUUGUGCACAAUGUUUCUAAAGGGGAUGGUGAGGAGGAGCGACCGGCAUCGACAGAGGGCAGUCCGGAACCAGAGGCUGCCGCCCAGCGACCAGACAGCCAGCCACCUCAACCUCCCCCUGCUAUGACCAAUUCGACAGAAGCUGUGGCUCUGUCCCCGGACGACCAGACGGAAGGCGGCGAGGGCUCGGAGCAGUUCCAGGGGGCCUUCAGCCACAUCCUGCAGAAAGACGCGUUCCUCGUUUUCCGCAGCCUGUGCAAACUUUCCAUGAAGCCCCUGGGCGACGGACCGCCCGACCCAAAGUCCCAUGAACUCCGCUCCAAAAUUCUUUCCCUGCAACUUCUGUUGUCCAUCUUACAAAGCGCCGGCCCAGUCUUUCGUACCAAUGCCAUGUUCAUCAACGCAAUAAAGCAAUACCUGUGUGUGGCCCUCUCCAAGAACGGGGUCAGCUCCGUGCCGGAAGUGUUUGAGCUCUCUCUGGCCAUUUUCAUCACUUUGCUGGCUAACUUCAAGCAGCAUCUAAAAAUGCAGAUUGAGGUGUUCUUCAAAGAAAUUUUCCUGUACAUUCUGGAGACGCCGAGCAGCUCUUUUGAGCACAAGUGGAUGGUCAUCCAGGCUCUCACCAGAAUAUGUGCAGAUGCUCAAAGUGUUGUAGACAUUUAUCUCAACUAUGACUGUGAUCUGGCCUUGGCCAACAUUUUCGAGCGACUCAUCGGUGACCUCUCCAAGAUCGCUCAGGGCAGACAGGCACUGGAACUAGGUGCGACCCCGAACCAAGAGAAGAGCAUGCGCAUCAAAGGCCUCCAGUGCCUCGUCUCUAUACUCAAGUGCAUGGUGGAGUGGAGCAAGGACCUGUACAUUAACCCACAUUCCCAAUCAAAUCUCGGCCAGGACAGCAAGCCGUACACGGAGACGGACAACGACUCUGGCAGCGGCACGAUGACCAGCUACGGGAGCACCAACUCGCUGAGCUCCAACAGCUCGGCCCACACCUCGGGCAACACGCCCGGCGCCACCACCCCGGGCCAGGCGCCCACCGACAACCCAGAGCAGUUUGAGGUUCUCAAGCAGCAGAAGGAAGUGAUUGAGAUCGGCAUUGAGCUGUUCAACAAGAAGCCACUGAAAGGUGUGCAGUAUCUACAGGAGCAGGAGAUGCUGGGACGUCUGCCAGAGGAUAUCGCAGAGUUCUUCCAUUCGGAAGAUAGGCUGGACAAGACUGUUGUAGGCGAUUUCUUGGGGGAGAAUGAGAAACUUCACAAGGAGGUGAUGUACGCCUACAUCGACCAGAUGAACUUCAUCGAGAUGGACAUCGUCUCCGCCCUGAGGAAGUUCCUGGAAGGUUUCCGUCUGCCGGGAGAGUCGCAGAAAAUUGACAGACUCAUGGAAAAAUUUGCCUCCAGAUAUUAUGAAUGCAACCAAGCGCUGGAGAUCUUUGCCAGCGCCGACACGGCCUACGUGUUGGCCUUCUCCAUCAUCAUGCUCACCACAGACCUUCACAGCCCGCAGGUGAAAGUUACAUCAAAAAUGACCAAGGAGCAAUACAUUCGUAUGAACCGUGGCAUCAACGACAGCAAGGAUCUGCCCCCUGACUACCUGUCCACCAUCUACGAUGAGAUCAGAGAGAGGGAGAUCAAGAUGAAGGCUCAAGGAGGCAUCAAGCCCAACACCAAUGCCAAGGACAUCACGUCGGACAAGCAGCGGCGUCUGCUCUACAACCUGGAGAUGGAGCACAUGGCCACCACGGCCAAGGCUCUGAUGGAGAGUGUGAGCCACGCGCAGGUCAGCUUCACCAGUGCCACUCACCAGGAGCACGUCAGGCCCAUGUUCAAGUUGGCGUGGACUCCGUUCCUGGCGGCCUUCAGUGUGGGUCUACAGGACUGCGAUGACAACGAGAUAGCUCUGCUCUGUCUGGACGGAAUCCGCUGUGCUAUUCGCAUUGCUUGCAUAUUUCACAUGGAGUUGGAGAGAGAUGCGUACGUCCAGGCCCUGGCUCGGUUCACCCUGCUGACCUGUGCCACGCCCAUCACUGAGAUGAAGACAAAGAACAUCGACACCAUCAAGACGCUCAUCUCCGUGGCCCACACGGACGGGAACUACCUGGGCAAGUCCUGGCUCGAGAUCCUGCGGUGCAUCUCCCAGCUGGAGUUGGCCCAGCUGAUUGGCACGGGAGUGAAGACUAAGUACAUCGCCAGCGCAACCCACGCUCACUCAAACAACCCAGUGGAGGCUCAUGACCCUGAAGUGAUAGUGAAGGGCAACAUGGGAAGCAUGGACCGCCAGCGCCUGGCCAACUUCCAGGAGACGGUUGGAGAGACCAGUUCUCAGAGUGUCGUUGUCGCGGUCGACCGCAUCUUCACAGGCUCUGUCAAGCUUGAUGGAGAUGCUAUUGUGGAGUUCACGCGGGCGCUGUGUCAGGUGUCGAUGGACGAACUCGCCAGUAUGGCUCACCCUCGCAUGUUCAGCCUGCAGAAGAUUGUGGAGAUCUCGUACUACAACAUGGGCCGUAUCAGGCUGCAGUGGUCACGUAUCUGGCACUACCUCAGCGACCACUUCAACAAGGUUGGAUGUAACCCUAGUGAAGACAUCGCCUUCUUCGCUGUUGACUCCCUGCGACAGCUGUCCAUGAAAUUUAUCGAGAAAGGAGAGUUUGCCAACUUCAGGUUCCAGAAAGAUUUCUUGAGGCCCUUCGAACAUAUCAUGAAGAAGAACAAGUCCCCAGCAAUCCGAGACAUGGUUGUGAGAUGUGUGGCUCAGAUGGUCAAUUCUCAGGCCGCCAACAUCAAAUCAGGCUGGAAAAACAUCUUCAGUGUGUUCCACUUGGCGGCUUCAGACCACGAUGAGGGCAUUGUGGACCUGUCAUUCCAGACUACCGGCAAAAUCAUUUUGAGUGUAUUUGAGAAGCACUUUGCUGCGAUCAUCGACUCAUUCCAAGAUGCUGUCAAGUGCCUGUCAGAGUUUGCCUGCAACGCUGCGUUCCCAGAUACCAGCAUGGAAGCCAUACGGCUCAUACGCAACUGCGCCAGAUACGUGGCAGAGAAACCAAAUAUGUUCCGGGAGCACGCCGGUGAGGAGAUUUCAGUGCCGGAGGAGGAUCGUGUGUGGGUGAAGGGCUGGUUCCCCGUGUUGUUUGAGCUCUCCUGUGUUAUCAACAGAUGCAAGCUGGAUGUGAGGACCAGAGGUUUGACUGUAAUGUUUGAGAUCAUGAAGACUUACGGAGAGAACUUCCAGCCUCACUGGUGGAAGGAUUUGUUCAGGAUUGUCUUCAGAAUUUUUGAUGUGAUGAAGUUGCCAGAGGCUCAAAGUGAGAAAUCUGAGUGGAUGACGACCACCUGUAACCACGCCCUGUACGCCAUCGUGGACGUGUUCUCGCAGUACUACCAGCAGUUGUCUCCCCUGCUGCUCACAGAGCUCUACCAGAUGCUGCAGUGGUGUGUGGCGCAGGAUAACGAACAGCUGGCCAGAUCGGGCACCAACUGCCUGGAGAACCUGGUCAUCUCCAAUGGGAAUAAGUUCUCCUCCAAGGCCUGGGACCAGACGUGUGCCUGUAUGCUGGACAUCUUCAAGUCGACCAUACCUCACAAAUUGUUAUCCUGGCAGCCUGAAGGUCACUCUGAAGUGGCACCCUCUAACAAACCAGAAGGCUCAAAUAGCCUGGAGAACAACGACGAAUCUCACUCGGAGACGGGGCGGAUUAGUCGUGCAGACAGCAUCCACAGCGUGCACAGCACCUAUUCCCAGGAGUCACAUGAUAACCGACCAAUCAAAAAGACAGCCAGCGACCAGCAGCUGUUCCAAGGCCUGUUGAUCCGCUGUGUGGUGCAGCUGGAGCUCAUCCAGACCAUCGACAACAUCGUCUUCUUCCCGGCCACCAGCCGCAAGGAGGACGCCGAGAACCUGGCAGUUGCCCAGGGCGGUGACGCAGACUCCCUGAGCGAGUCAUACCACGAGCAGGGGGGCGGGGAGGAGCAGGGCAUGUACCAGCACCUCUCCUCCAGCCAGCUGCUCAUGUUUGUCGACUGUCUCCUCGAGUCGCACCGCUUCGCCAAGGCUUUCAACUCCAACCACGAGCAAAGGAACGUUCUGUGGAAGGCUGGGUUCAAGGGAAAGGCCAAACCGAACCUCCUGAAACAAGAGACCCAGAGUCUGGCUUGCUUGUUCCGCAUUUUGUUCCGUGUCUACGAUGACAACAGUCGCCAAAAGGCCUGGCCAGAAGUGGAACAGAAAUUGCUUGGGGUGUGCAAAGAAGCCCUGGAGUAUUUCCUGAGCCUCCAGUCUGACAGUCACCGUGAGGCCUGGGGGAGUCUGCUCUUGCUGCUGCUCAUACGCCUGCUCAGAAUGCCUGAUGACAGAUUCCGUGUCCACGCCAGCGCAUACUACCCACUCAUGUGCGAGACCAUCAUGUUCCCCAUGAAGCACGAGAUUCUGUCCACGCUACGCAAGUUUUUCCUCCGCCUCGGGCCCGCCUUCAACAUCACGCCCAAGCCAAGCCCGUAACGCGGCGGUUGUCAGGGCGACGUUGAGACGACUCUUCAAAGCUUUACGGAUAUAUAAAGACAUUAGUGUCAUGUGUUUGUGCUUGAAUUAUGGAAUCCGUGGAUGAGUGGGGUUGGAUGGGGGGAGGGGUGGGGAGGGGGGAAGGUGAUGUGAUUAAUCGUUUAGAAUUGUCGUGAAACAGUCAGUUUCAGAACCUGUUUCUAAAGUAUCAGCCAUACCUUUUUCCCUCACCUUUGAAAGGUUAUUGCAGUAGGGGGACUUGAAUUAAGCAACAAGUAUUGACUGGAAUAAAUAACUAAUCAGGCCACGGGUGGUCUUGUACAUUUAUUGUUCAGCAGUUUUUUUUCUCACUUUUCUUUCCCUGUGAUUACCGGGGUCUCUGGUGUAGAGGUUAGGUGCUUUGC